CUGCGGGGUCUAGGACCGGGGCGGAUAGCGGGUGGGAUGGAGGCUACUCUGGAACAGCAUUUGGAGGACACAAUGAAGAAUCCAUCCAUUGUUGGAGUCCUGUGCACAGACUCACAAGGACUUAAUCUGGGCUGUCGUGGUACCCUGUCAGAUGAACAUGCUGGAGUGAUAUCUGUUCUAGCUCAGCAAGCAUCUAAGCUAACCUCUGACCCCACUGAUAUUCCUGUGGUCUGUUUAGAAUCAGAUAAUGGGAACAUUAUGAUUCAGAAGCACGAUGGCAUCACAGUGGCAGUGCACAAAAUGGCCUCGUGACAUCUCUUGUUCUCCAGCUGCCCGACACAGGGCUUCAGUCCUACCUGUGUUAACUUGUAAAAACUAGUAAAGUUCCAGAAGUUAGGUCAUUCACCUAAUGUCCGAUGUGGACUUUUCUUUACCAAGAUACCAGUUAGAAAGGAUCGUAGUUUUGUUUGGGCUUUUGUCAUUUUGCUCUUUGGAGACAGUUACUGCAGUCCAGUAUUGCAGCCCAACAUUGAAAGAACUGUGUGGCCCAGGCUGGUCUCAAACACGUGGUCUUCCUGCUUCAAAGUCCUGCAUCCUAGGAAUAGGCAUUUGUCACCAAGGUCCAGAUCCCUUUGUAUAUAGAACUUUGCUGUGGUCAAUAAAUU